UGAUCACCGGACACAACACCAACUCUUCGUACAGUCAGUUGACAAUAGUUUGCAAACUAUUUAUUUGCCAUAAAGAGUGACAUCUUUGAGCACAUGAUUGUCAUUAUUGUCUCAAAACAAACAAAAAGUGACUUUAAUUUCAAGACAUUUCAAUCGUUGUCUCAAUUGAGUGAUUGGAUCCACUGAUCGGCACAUCCAGUAAUCCCAAUACAAGAAUGGAUUUAUUGGGCUCUAUAUUGGGUUCAAUGCAAAAGCCGCCGAAGACUCAGACCAGCGAACAGCAGAUGAGGAUUAAAAAAGAGGCCGAGAAACUGAAGAAAAUACAGGACGAGGAGAGACAUAAGAUUAAAGUAUUUCGACAAAAGAUAGAGGAGAAGAUUAACAAAUUCAUGGCAAACGAUGAGGAAAGCAAACUGGAGUUCGGAUUAAUGGAUAAAAUGCACAGAAGUAUUAUACACGACGUGUCGGACAUCGCGGGACUCAACGCCUACUCGUUUGGCAUUGAAGACGUGGACAGACAUACGAUUGUCUAUAAGAAAGAGUUCACUCCAUCANAAUUAUUUUACUAUCAAAUGAAUGCCAGACACGACGUGUCGGACAUCGCGGGACUCAACGCCUACUCGUUUGGCAUUGAAGACGUGGACAGACAUACGAUUGUCUAUAAGAAAGAGUUCACUCCAUCAGAGGAUGAGUUGAAUGCUCUGCGCAAAGGAGAGGAAUACGACCCCAAGAAGUUGGAACUCAUCAAACAAAUGGAAUUGGAGGAACAGAAUCGCGCGGCAGUCAAAGAUAAAGAUAUCGUUCCCAACAAAGACUUUAGAGAUAAGUACGAGAAACUGAUUGGUUUGGACGCGGGAAAGAGUGCCGCACAGGUGACCACUCCUAACAAACAGUUUGGAUUCGUGCCGAGCGCUAACAAAAGGGAUCAGAGAUCUAUUGAACAGAUUUUGGCCGACAAUAAGAAAAAGAAGUUGAAAACAACUGAAGACAAUAGCAAUUAGUAAUUGAUUUGUUUAGUCGAUUAGUUAUUAUAGACAUUAACUAAUUAAUUAUAUUAAACCAUUUCAUUAAUUAUUACAAACACCGACACCUUUACAAUACUUUGUUUAUAUACCAUACUUUAAUUUGUGUGACUUUUAUGUUAAUUAGCGA